UGACAUUUUGGUGAAAUUGACCAAUCACAUCCCGACAUCCUGGCAAUUUCUUUUCCCUUGCGGAUGCGCAGGACACGAUGAGGUUGCUUUUUGUGGUUGGUUUGUUGUGCCUUGUGGGUCUUGGGUACUCCCAAGAUUCAGGAGCUAAACUCCUAGCAUCAAAGAACAUCUUGAAUGAGUGGUUAGUGGAAGGACGUGACCUGACCAUUCGCUACAGCAUCUACAAUGUUGGCAGCAGUGCUGCCAUCAAUGUGGCCCUCGCUGACGAAACUUUCCACGAUUCAGACUUCCGUGUCGUGAGUGGCCAGACCCGUGUUCAGUGGGACCGAAUUGCUCCAGCCAGUAAUGUCACCCACACUAUCAUCCUACAACCAAUGAAACCUGGGUAUUUCAACUUCUCAUCAGCAACAGUAGCCUAUCAACCAUCGGAAGAUGCUGAAGUAGUGAUCGGUUAUACCAGUUUCCCAGGAGAGGAGGGCAUUGUGCCAUUCAAGGAUUUUGACAGAAAAUUUUCACCUCACUAUGUUGACUGGGGGGCUUUUGCUGUCAUGAUUCUGCCCUCUAUUGGUAUCCCGUUUCUUUUGUGGUAUCGCAGCAAAUCAAAGUACGAGAAUGCAGUACUCGCAGCCAAGAACAAGAAACAUUAGCAUCUUAUGCAACUCCAUAAAGGAAUACCCCCCUUCCUGUAAACCUGGAUCACCAAGAGGAAUAGCAGAUACAAAGGCAUUGGGUCAAUGAUUGAAGAAGAAACUUCACAUUAAAGUGUUUGACUUGGGCCAGAUCUUAAAGUUGUGGCUAUGACUUGUCUUAACAUUGGCGCUUACGGUAGCCAGUGGUAACAUCUGUUGCUACUUUCCUUAGAUGUGUUCAUUACUGUUAGCCACAAGCUAGCCUUUGUGCUCAACCUUCAAGAUGGUAUCCACAUUCAAGAGGUAGUCUCAAUCCAAUGCAGCCUUCUCAGACAAUUCAGGAUUUGUUUUAAUAGUCUGGCCAGUGACUAUUAUGUAGGCAGGUUGAGCUUUUGUUAGAUUAGUACUUUUUGAUGAAUAAGAGUUUCAUUUUGGAGAAAAUUAGAUAACUUAGACUUGUUAGCUAUGAGGCAGUAGCUAUUUAAAUUAACCAACCAUUGUUUUAUGGUCUCUUAUUGUCCUUGUUAAUAUUUUACCAAGUUGUGUUUAUGAUUAAUCCCCAGAAUGCCAAAAUUUCUGUUGGUGACCCAGAAUGAAUUAUUUGCCCUGGUUUUCCUGAGAGCAUGGAUCAUGUGCAGGGAUAUAAUUUAAAAAACUGUUUUAAUAAAAUAUUUCUUUGUUCACUUGGAAA